AUGUCUGUCUUCUCCUCCAACAGCUCCAUGUGGAGGCGUGCCAUGGGCAGCCGCCAUAUCCAAUCCUUUGCGGACGACGGCGAUCACAAUAACGAGGGAUACCGUGCCCUUCCACGCCGCUCUGCUCGACUUGCCCAACUCACCACUGAGCGGGCCAAUCGAAACAGGUCUCAAGAUAUCAACGUUGGCACUGUCAGAUGCGACGCCCCUUUGGACGUGCAAGAGAGCGAUGGUGAGGACGACAGCACCAGCGAGGAUCAUGACAGCACCAGCGAGGAUGAUGGUCCUGGAACUCUGGCCACUUCAGACGACCCUGUCAAACCCGUCCCGUCCACUGGGCCCACGGUAAUCAGCAGCCCUCCACACACCACUCGGAAGCAGCUUCGGCACCUGAUUCGCCAACAGAAGUUUCAUGAGCGCCGGGAGCAGGAGAGACGAGAGUACAAGGCUCGUAGGAGUAUCAUGCACCGUGCCAAGGGUGCUCGAGGGUACGCGGGUAACCGCAUCAGCGGGAAGGAACCAAAAGAGGGAAUGGUGGAGAUUAGUAUGGACAACAGGGUGGCUGUCUCGGUCUUUGAUUCUCAUGGGCGCAAGACCGUUCAUCGUGCACACAAGUGCAAGCGUCCUGAUGUCCUCAAUGCCUGCAACGAGGCGGCACGUUUGGUCGAAGUGCAUGGGAUGAGACCAACCUUUGAUACCAGCCAAGAACGAGGCAAGUUCAAGACCUACUACUUUUCAUUGCACCGAGGCUCAACAGAGCUUCCUCGAUUCUCCAAAGACAUCAUGCACAACUGUGAACUGUACAAUAAGCUUGUCUCUGUGCUUGAUCCAGUGAUGAAAUACGUCGCAGGGAUUUUCAAAGCCGAGUUCCCAGCACUCUAUGAGCGAUACGCCAAUGCCAUGGACACCGUUAACUCGAAGCACCCAGAACUGCAUGCGUGUUUCUUCCCAUUUGCCUCAUUUUGUAUCAACAUGAGCAAGACUGGGGUGGUGACCGUCAAACACAUUGAUAUGCAAAACCUCGCCCCGGGCCUCUGUGUGGUUAUACCUUUCGGUGAUUUUGACCCGGCAAUCGACUGCAAGUUGCACGUUGUUGAGCUAGGUUAUACCUUCCAGCUGGCUGCUGGAACACCCAUUUUCUUUCCUUCUGCUCUCUACACACACUACAACUCAGAGCUGAUAUCCAAAGGGAUGCGUGGCUCUAUUGUUGCAUGGACCGGGGCCUCAGUCUUCCAGUACGUGGAUCUUGGCUGCCGUGCAGUUCAGAACCUGUCAGCCUAUGAAGUCACUGAAUACAAGGCUGGCCUCAAAGAUCGUGUUCGCCGGGGGUUUCGACUCUUUCCCAAGAUGAAGCCGGUUGUCAAUAAGACGGUUGAAUUACAAUAG